AAAUUCAGCUGCAGAACAUUACCGGGAUUUGAGUGAGCCAGUUGAGUGACCUUGAUUGAGAGUUGUGCUUCGCGUAAGCGAUCCUUCGUUAUACUUGUAAUUUUCGUUCCUGCAAUUUUUUUUGAAUUGCUGCCUGUUUUUAUACUCUUUUACUUAAACUCGUUCUUACUCGUUCAGCACACAAGUUUCUACGCAAUUCAUCAUCAACAUGAAGAGCGCGUUUCGCCUACUGAUCUUCGCUUCGGCCCUGUUCGCCGUUGCCUUCGCUUAUCCAGGUGCACGUUCCGAAAGUUCUGAAAGUGAUGAAGAUUUCGAGAAGGUUGGUCCGAUUCUCGUCUUGUCCGAUGACCUGGAGGAUGGCUUCGGUGGCAGUUUCUUCAGCUCGUUUCCCAACAAUCCUUUCGACGGUUUUAUAACGAGAAUGCAAAACAUGAUGAAGAGAUUGAGGGAGCAAGUGGCAGCCUCUCUUCCAGAUUUGGGAAGUUCCGACGGCUUGUACGAUAUUCCCAAGAUCCCCGAGGGAGCAAACACCACCUCAACUACAAAGGUAAUCAACGGCCACGUUGUAACCGUUAACGAAACCACGUACAGCGACGGCGACGAAAACAGCGGUACAGUUUUACGGGUCCGUGUUGUCGACAUAAAACCGGUAAACACGACAGAGAAUCCUGACUCAGAAGAUGUGACGGCACCUGCCAACAAUGAGCCGCCUUCUUCCUCAUCUUCAUCCCCGGACCGUAGCGUUGAAUCCCUCGAAGAUUUCUCCAAGAAUGAAAUUCCCGAUCGGCUGGUCGCAAUCUAGUAAGCUGACCAAGAAAGAAUGAAUGAGAAAAUGUGUUUAAUGGAACGAGGAAAAUCAUAUGUAAUGUGUAUUUGAUAUAUAGUUUAGUCUGUAUUAUACUUUAUAGGUGUAGAUUCGUUACAUUCGCUUAAUAUCGGGUUUGUUAACAUGUUAUGAACCAAAAACGAAUUAGGAAUAUAUGUUAUAAGUGUGUUGUUAUAUGUAUACAUAUUAUUAUACCUAUAAUGAAGCCGGUGCUUGGGGAGCAUAUCUCGCCGGCCUCUUCCUAUAUUGGUAGGUGAAAUAUAUACUAUAUUUUAUA